AUAUUUUCAUAAUUUACAACUUUCACUUACGUUAUCAAAACUUUUGAAAUUUUGUGACACUAAAUGCAAACCAGCAUUUCAAUUCUGCAAAGUUUUCCAAAUUGUAAUCCAAUGAGAAUUCUGCCUAAAAAAAUGGUUUCAUGAAGAAUUCUUUUAAGACUGAAUAUGCUUGGGUUUCUGAGGGACAUUUAAAAAAUGAUAAAUCAGGAAACGGCUCAUUUGUGACGCUGAUUAUGUGAUUUCUUUGUACAGACUGUCAACAUUUCACUCAAAAUAUUAUGCUGAAAUAUUACCGUACAUUGUCAAAACUGGAAUGAGAAAAAAAGCAAAAUAAAAGUAUUUUUCACUUGCGGACUUUUGGAACCCUGUUGUAUAUUAGUUAACUGAGAUACUGUUUUAUAGUGAGAUUUCUUAUUCAUGGUAUCUUUUUGUACUGCAAAUUGGGAGACUUCAGUCAUGAGGGCUGGAAAUGGCAGCAAUCUGUCCUUCAAGAGCGAGGAAGAGAACAAAAGCUCAGAAGAUGAGACCCCAGAACAACUCAUUCCCCUGAAGAGAGCAAAAGUCUGUUCACACAGGCACACUUCAAGAAGAGGACGUGUUACAACACAGCCAAAUCUCAAGAAGAAAUGUGUGAACGGCUUCAUUAUGUUCUGCCGAAUGAACAGAAAAUUAUAUAUCAGUUCCUAUCCCGGCAUCCCCUCUACUACAGUCACUAAAGAGUUAGCCAGUCUAUGGCACAUUUUGCCCAAGAAGGAGAGACGUUUGUACUGCUUGAAAGCCUGGAGCUUCAGUCGCCAGCAGAACCGCAAUGUACGCGCUCAAAAACACGAGGCAGAAAUGAAGGCAGAACACUCUGUGCCCAGACCCCUGCACAUGUUACUGGCCUAUAGAGACGAGUGUGCAGCUGUCAAAUGAAGGUCUUCUCUACUGCACUGAGAAUAUAUGCUUGAAAGGUCUACGAAAAACAAGCCAAACAGACCUGCAUUGUAUAGUUCGAUACAGCUUUAUUA